GAUGGGAGGAGAGGAUAGAUGGAGAAGAUGGGAGGAGAGGAUAGAUGGAGAAAAGUAUUUGCACACACUCGCUAUCCAAUUAUGGUGCUCACUGAAAAUGUAAUCACACACACACACACAAAGCCUCUUCCCAUCCCAUCCUCGUUCCCUGCUCACCUCUCUCUCUCUCUCUCUCUCUCUCUCCUGUCGUCACAUGUGAGCCGUGGCUAUGAGCUCAUUACUGUCAGCCAAGUGCAGUGAGCAGGGAGAGAGACACUGCUGCUCCCUCAUCUCCUCUCUGGUCCAUCUGAGGGGCUCUAACAGCCCAGCAGGAGAUACCAAAUCUGGGCAGGAGCCUUACCACCUCCCACUUUCUGUCUGCUGGAUCCCCUGGGCCAGGCACUGCGUGCUUAGGGCGUGUGUGUUUGCACGUGUGCGUGAGAGAGGAGCCAAGUCGGUCACACAGACAGCAGAAAAACGAGCCGAGACAGCAUCCAUCUACCAUCUACCACAUCAGAACGAGAGGAGAGCGGGAGGAAGGAAGAAUAGGCUGAUUGCUGGUGCUGCAGACGGAGGCAUGGAGGAGAGGUGUGUGUCAGCCAUGUGUGUGUGGAGCUGAGGCGUCAGUCACGGGCUUCGGCGGAUGGACAGUCGGAGGGAAGGAGGACUGGAAUGUGGAUGUUGCCUGCCUGUCAGAGGGAAACGAUGCUGUGAGCUGGGGCUUAGCAGGCAGAUCUCUGUGUCUCUGUGUCUCUUUCUCUCCUCCCCGCACACAGAGGAAAGAAACAUUAGCUGCUAGCCUCAUCUCUCCGCUGCUCUGCUCAGCCGACGCUCUAUCUCUCUCUCCCUCUCCUCUCGCAUCCCUUCAUCUCUCUGCUCCAACCACAGUGUCCCUGGAAAUGAUCUCACACUGGAUGUUGCAGUCAGACACUGCUCUGCUCGCUGAAUAGCAUCGACUUGCACUAGGAAUUUACUAAUCAGAGCAAUGCAUCUGGUCCUGUGGAGAGCCAGUGGAUUUCACAGUGAUUCCCGUCCACCACUCGGAUAUACAGAGUUGGAGUUUUGACACAAGCUCAUCUACGCAAGCCUGUCAGAGUUGUGUCUGCCUGGGGGUUGACGCUCCCUCCUCCCUCCUCCCCCUCCUCCAACAACACCACCGCUGGCUCCUCCACCACUGGCUCCUCAGUCCGAGCAGAGCUGCUCCACUGCAUCUUUAAUAGACGUCUCUCAAAGCAUUGCCUUCCAUGGUUUCUGCCCUGCUCCAGACCCUAUCAUCUUAUAUCGUGAAGAUUUGCAAAGGAAUGUUUACAAAGAAAUUGGCGAAUCCCACAAAGAAGAAAGAGAGUAGCGACAAUAAAGAGCCCAAAUUGACCACCAUUGAUUUGCAUGACCAAGGUAACCUGACGCAGACACUCUCCACAACUCUGAAAACCACAGUGAAAAAUAUCAGCAAAUGCUCUUCGGCGCGUAACAUCUCUCUUGAAUUAGACGACGGAAAAAACGACUGCUCAUCUCUCUCACCGACUUUCAGUUACCGUGUAGCGAUAGCGAACGGACUCCCGAAAAACACUCUUCUGCUGAACAAUAAUGAGAGUAUCUUCCAGGAGAUCCUCUCUAUCAAUAGCGAAUACUCUGACUCCCUGAGCGAGGCCAAACCUGUGCGUAGAUUCGAUGAGCAGAAAUCUCACACCAUGCCAGUGAGACGGAACAGGAAGAGCCUCAUUAGUCUGGCGCCCUCCGAUGGCAGCUCAGAGGGUGAGAGGGUGGAGCGGUCAAGUCUGCACACUCUCCGACUUGGCGCGCUACGCAAGCUGAGGAAAUGGAAAAAGAGUCAGGAGUGCGUGUCUUCGGACUCCGAGGUGAGCAACUGGAGGAAGACCCUGGGUAUCCGGAGCAAGUCCCUGGACCGGGCUGGGAGGCAGCAGAAGUCGACCUCUGCCUUAGAAGCCGGCUCCAGCUCUACAGGCUGCAUCAACCAAACCCAGGAUGUGAUGGAGAUGAUCUUUAAGGAGCUGCAGGGCAUCAGCCAGAUCGAGACAGAGCUUUCAGAGCUCAGGGGACACGUCAAUGCCCUGAAGAACUCCAUCGACGAGAUCUCCUCCAGUGUGGAGGUGGUGCAGACCGAGAUCGAACAACUGCGUACUGGCUUUGUCCAGUCCCGGAGAGAGACGCGAGACAUCCACGACUACAUCAAGCAGGUCAGCCACCAGGCCAACAAGGCCAGUCUGAGGUUCAUAAACGUCCCUGAGGAGAAGCUGGAGAAAACUGAAAGUCUCAUCUAUCACAUUCUAAAGGACAAAAUGGGAUUUGCUGAUGCACAUAAAACACUUAAAAUAGAGCUAGCCCAUCGGUUAGGGCAACAAAGAGAAUGUUCCAAUGCAAAACCUAGGCCUAUUAUUGUAAUAUUCUCAACCCCCUCAGAUAGAGAUUUAGUUUUGAAAAAAUGCUACAAACUGAAGGGGACUGGUAUAUCUGUAUCCACUGAUAGCUUAACGACUCAUGAUGUGAAGGAAAAGAAAGAUAAAGGAGAAAUGUCCUCUUCUCAAACCUACGAGAGCAUGGACAUUAAGGUCUCAGCCAAGGACAAAGCUGAGAGUGAUGACUGGGACUCUAUGGACAGUGACAAGGAGCUAGACGAACUAAACAGGAACAAAUAUGCAAUGGUGGUGUCUAAGCCCGUUCACAAACAUAAAGCAGAUAAAAAGAGGCACGGUCACCAUGAGCACGGUAGCCGGUCUGCGGAUGAGGCAGGCUACUCUGCCUCAGUUCACUACGCUGAUGACUCCUAUGAUGAGUCUGACAAAGCCUCCAAGCCCUACUAUGGGGACCUCACCCCCGGCUGGCUUUCUCAGAGCGACUACUCCACACCCAAGCUCAGCCGCUCCGAGUCUGACUGCUCCAAGCUCUGCCAGUCCUACUCUGAAGACUUCUCAGAGAGCCAGUACUUCAGCCGGCCCAAUGGCAGCUCUCUACUAUCCUCCUCAGACCAGGAGCUGUGGCAGAGGAAGCAGGAGGACAUGGCGUCAUCAUGGUAUGCCAGCCAGACCCUCAGCCAGGAGAACCCUCCGUACGCUGAGCCCAACGAGGCCGAGACCACCGAGACCAUCGACAGUGGGGUGAGCAAUGGGCUGAUCUGCAUGUCUGGGGAUAGGAGCCAUUACAGCGGCUCACAGCUGUCUCUGCAGGGAGACCUCUCCCCAUGGAAGGACUGGCCUCACCUGGAGCAGGGAGCAGACUCUGGGCUGGACGCUUCCACAGAGCAGAACCUGGUGUCUGAGGUCAGCAGCCCCUUUGACCCAGCUGCCAUCCCUGGCUUCCCUGAGAACAUCACCAAGUGUCAGGAGGUGGACCUGGCAUUUGAAGGGGAGGAGACUUUCAUGUUGGAUAUGGUGGAAAGCACCCUCUUGGACACUGCCCCACUGGAGAUCACCCAACUAGAGAGUCCCCGGCUGAGUAGUGCUCCCCCGACUACUCUUUAUACAGCCCCUAUCGUAGCGAAAGAACCUGUUGUAACACCACCUGUCCAUAAGCCUAAAGCUAAAGAGACUGCUAAAACACUUCCUAAAGACACUUAUAAAGCAGCUCCUAAAGCUAAAACACCUCCUAAAGAGUUAGCUAAAACUGUUCCUAAAGAGAUUGCUAAGACUAUUCCGAAAGAGGUUGCUAAAACUAUUCCUAAAGAGGUUGCUAAAAUUAUUCCUAAAGAGGUUGCCAAAACACCUAAAGAGGUUGCUAAACCCAUUCCUAAAGAGGUUGCUAAAACACCUAAAGAGGUUGCUAAAACUAUUCCUAAAGAGGUUGCUAAACCUAUUCCUAAAGAGGUUGCUAAAACUAUUCCUAAAGAGGUUUCUAACACUAUUUAUAAAGUGACUUCUAAACCGGCAAAAGAGGUUGCUAAAUCAAUUGCUGAAGAAGCUGCUAAAACUAUUAAACUAAGAGAAACAGCCAAAAUGAUUCCUAAAGAGAAUGUUAAAACACCUCCUAAAGAAAUUGUUAAAGCUAUUCAUACAGAGGCUCCUAAAACACCUCUGAAAGACACUCCCAAAACAAGCCCAAAAGAAACUCCCAAAACAAGUCCAAAAGACACUCCCAAAACAAGUCCAAAAGAGGCUGUGAAAAUACUUCCCAAAGACACUUCUAAAACUCGUCCAAAAGAGACACCUAAAAUGGUUCCUAAAGGGGCAUCUAACACACUUCCUAAAAUGGCAGCUAAAGAAGCCCCUGAACUAUCCACCCAAACAUUCCCUGAGCUUGAUGUCAAACACAGCUUCCAACCGAGCCAGACCAAGUCAUCCACCAUGUACCGUAGCCAGAGCGAGAUCCGGUCCGAGAAAGUUGUAGAAGAGGUGCCCAAGUCCUGGAGCAGCCGCCUCAGCAUCGACCUCACCGACAAAGCUCCAUCCUUCAGCUUUGGGUUCGGCUCCACCCUGAAGAAGGCAAAAUCAGCCCUGGAGGUGGUGUGGAAGUCAGGCCCUCCACCUAGUGCCGCUCCCCCAGAGCCACCCCCAGACUCAGGCUCCUUCAUGGGUCGCUUCUGCACACUGUCCACCUCCACGGCCAACGACUCCAGCACCACCAUCGACUCAGACGUCUACACAGAUUCCUUCGUCUACAAGGCUGAAGAUGAAGAUGAGGCUACCGCUGGUGACCAGCUGGAGGACAACGAGACCGCCUAUGUCGGGGUGAUGGAGCAGGUCCUGGCCAACCUGGAGAACCGGUCCAACGCCAACGACACAGAAGAGACAGAGGAGUUUGAGGAGCCCAUACUGGAUUAUGAUCCUGAUGCCUCUCAGGAUUAUGUCUCUGAAGACUAUGAGGCUACCACCCAGGAUUACGAGGACUCUGAUGAAGUUGAGGCCACCCAGGAGGCUGCAGUCGUUCUGGAGUAUGACUGUAGUCUGGACGAGCAUUACGACGAGGAGUACAGUGAGGAUUACGUUGAUGAUGCCAUGACGGGGGACACAGCAGAGGACACAGCAGAGUAUGAGGCCAUGGUGGAGUAUGUCGAGGUGGAGGAGCCUGACGAGGAGGAAGAAGAGGAGGAGGAGGAGGAAGAGGAGUUAAUGGAGGACAUGGAAGAGGGGGAUGAGAUGGAGGAGACCUCCGAAGCGUCUGCGUCGGAGAGGACGGAAAACCUAGAGGAUGAGAACAAAAACAUUCCGGAGAAGGAGGAGAUGCCUGCAGAGGCUCCGCCCAAAAAGCGAAUCCGUCCUACGUUUAAGGAGGCUGCGCUGAGGGCCUACAGGAAGCAGAUGGAUGAGCUGCAGCAGCAGAUCCUGGCUGGAGAAAAACCUCCACCACACAACAAGCCUCUCAAUGUGCUGGAUCCCAAAGUACUGGGCCUACAGGCUGUCGGAGGAGCUGGCUGCAUUCUUUAUGGCAUUGACAGCAUGCCAGAUUUACGCCGCAAGAGGACCUUACCUAUUGUCCGAGACCUGGCUAUGACUCUCGCUGCUCGAAAGGCAGGCAUCUCGUUCGCCCUGGUGACUAGAUCGACUCUGAACAACGAGGACCUGAAACUGCACGUGUUUAGGAAGACGUUGCAGGCAUUGAUCUAUCCCAUCUCGUCUACGACACCUCAUAACUUUGAGGUGUGGACGGCCACCGCCCCAACCUACUGCCACGAGUGUGAGGGCCUGCUGUGGGGCAUCGCCAGGCAGGGUAUGCGCUGCUCUGAGUGUGGUGUCAAAUGCCACGAGAAGUGUCAGGAUCUACUCAACGCCGACUGUCUGCAGAGGGCGGUGGAGAAGAGUUCUAAGCAUGGCGCUGAGGACAAGACCCUGAACAUCAUCAUGGCCAUGAAGGAGAGGAUGAAGAUCAGGGAGAAGAACCGGCCUGAGGUGUUUGAGGUCAUCCAGGAGAUGUUUGGGAUCUCUAAAGAGGACUUCACUGGACACCUGAAGACCGCCAAGCAAGCAGUGCUGGAGGGAACCUCCAAGUGGUCCGCCAAGAUCAACAUCACAGUGAUGUGUGCCCAGGGUCUGCAGGCCAAGGAUAAGACAGGUUCCAGUGACCCCUAUGUGACUGUCCAGGUAGGGAAGACCAAACGGCGUACCAAGACCAUCUUUGGGAACCUCAACCCUGUCUGGGACGAGAAGUUCUUCUUUGAGUGUCACAACGCUACAGACCGGAUCAAGGUGCGUGUGUGGGAUGAGGAUGAUGACAUCAAGUCUCGCAUGAAACAACACUUCAAACGAGAGUCGGACGACUUCCUGGGUCAGACCAUCAUCGAGGUCCGCAUGCUCAGCGGGGAGAUGGAUGUGUGGUACAACCUGGAUAAGAGAACUGAUAAGUCGAUGGUGUCGGGAGCCAUCAGAUUGAAGCUCAACGUGGAGAUGAAGGGAGAGGAGAAAGUAGCUCCACCCCACGGCCAGUACACCUGUUUACACGAGAACCUGUUCCACCACCUGACGGAGGUAAAGAACAGUGGAGCGGUGAAGAUCCCAGAGGUGAAAGGAGAGGAGGCGUGGAAGGUCUACUAUGACGACGUGUCCCAGGAGAUAGUGGACGAGUUUGCCAUGAGAUACGGAGUAGAGUCCAUCUACCAGGCCAUGACGCAUUUCUCCUGUCUGUCCUCUAAGUACAUGUGUCCGGGGGUCCCAGCGGUGAUGAGUAACCUGCUAGCCAACAUCAACGCCUACUUUGCCCACACCACCACCGUCUCAACCAACAUCUCUGCCUCCGACCGCUUCGCUGCAUCCAACUUUGGGAGAGAAAAAUUUGUCAAACUUCUAGAUCAGCUGCACAACUCUCUGAGGAUUGAUCUGUCCAAGUACCGGGAUAAUUUCCCAGCUGGUAACCCAGAGCGUCUCCAGGACCUGAAGUCUACUGUGGACCUUCUCACCAGCAUCACCUUCUUCAGGAUGAAGGUACAGGAGCUACAGAGUCCUCCCAGAGCCAGUAUGGUGGUGAAGGACUGUGUCAGAGCCUGUCUGGACUCAACAUACAAAUACAUCUUUGACAACUGUCAUGAACUCUACAACCAGCUACUAGACCAGGCCCGUAAGCAGAAUCUUCCACGGGAGGAGCAGGGUCCGUCUAUAAAGAACCUGGACUUCUGGCCCAAGCUCAUCACUCUCAUGGUGUCUGUGAUCGACGAGGACCGCACCGCCUACACCCCUGUCAUCAACCAAUUUCCCCAAGAGCUGAAUAUGGGGAAGGUCAGCGCUGAGUUCAUAUGGAACCUGUUUGCCCUGGACAUGAAAUACGCCAUGGAAGAGCACGAUAAGCACCGUCUAUGCAAGAGCACAGAGUACAUGAACCUUCACUUUAAAGUCAAGUGGUUCCACAACGAAUACGUCCGUGAACUGGCUGCCUUCAAGGACACACCCCCUGAGUAUUCUCUGUGGUUCGAGCCGUUUGUCAUUCAGUGGCUGUCUGAGAAUGAGGAUGUUGCCAUGGACUUCCUACACGGAGCUCUGGGGAGCGACAAGAAGCUUGGCUUCCAGCCAACGUCGGAACAUGUCCUGUUCUCCUGUUCGGUGGUGGAUGUGUUCACUCAGCUCAACCAGAGUUUUGAGAUCAUUAAGAAGCUGGAGUGCCCCAACCCACAGGCCCUGGCUCACUUCAUGUGCCGCUUUGCUAAGACCAUCAACAAGGUUCUGUUGCAGUAUGCUGCAAUCAUCACCAAGGAUUUUGGCUUGUAUCUGAACCAGGAGAAAGUGCCCUGCAUCCUCAUCAACAACAUCCAGCAGCUCAGAGUUCAGCUGGAGAAGAUGUUUGAGUCCAUGGGAGGCAAACAGCUGGAUGCUGAGGCCAGUGAACUACUGAAGGAACUGCAGAACAAACUCAACACCGUGCUGGAUGAGCUCAGUGCAGUCUUUGGCUCCAGUUUCAAACCGGUGAUUGAGGACUGUGUAAAGCAGAUGAACCAGGAAUUAGUCCAGAUGAAGGGGAGUGCUGCAGGGAAGAGCAACGCUGCCAUGGAUGCUGAGACUGUCCUCAGACCACUCAUGGACCUCCUGGAUAAAAAUUUGAUUUUAUUUGCAAAGAUCUGUGAGAAGACGGUGUUGAAACGAGUCCUGAAGGAACUGUGGAAGAUCGUCAUCAUCACUAUUGAGAGAAUGAUAGUCUUACCACCUCUCAACGACCAGAAUGUAAGAUGUUAUGUUAUACACACCAAACACACACACACCAAACACACAUUCAACACCAUUGAGAGAAUGAUAGUCUUACCACCUCUCAAUGACCAGAAUCAAGGAGCCCAGAUGAUUUUCAGUGCUGCCAAGGACCUGGGACAGCUAUCCAAACUCAAGGACCAUGUGAUCAGAGAGGAAGCCCGUAGCCUGACACCAAGACAGUGUGCAGCCAUGGACCUUGUCCUUCCCACCAUCAAGCAAUAUUUCCACGCCGGAGGAAACGGUCUGAAGAAGACGUUCCUUGAGAAGAGCCCUGACCUCAAGUCCCUCAAAUACGCUCUGAGCCUUUACACACAGCCUACUGAUGCCUUGAUCAAGAAGUAUAUAUGCACCCAAACCUCUCAAGGUCAGUCUACCGACAGCUCCGUGGGGGAGGUGUCCAUGCAGGUGGAUCUCAUCUCUCACCCUGGCACUGGAGAGCACAAAGUCAACGUGAAGGUGGUGGGGGUCAACAACCUAAGCUGGCAGACCAAUGCCAUGUUCCGACCGUUCGUGGAGGUGAAUGCGGUUGGGCCGCACCUCGCCGACAAGAAACGCAAGUUCACCACCAAGACCAAGAACAACAAUUGGUCACCAAAGUACAACGAAACAUUCCAAUAUGUUCUGAGCAAUGAGUACGGUCCAGAGUGCUACGAGCUGCACGUCUCAGUGAAGGACUACUGCUUCGCCAGAGAGGACCGUAUCAUCGGCAUGGCGGUCCUCCAGCUCAGAGACCUGGCCGACCAGGGGAGCUGCUGUGCCUGCUACCCCCUGGUGAAGAGCAUCUCCAUGGACGACACCGGACUCACCAUCAUGAGGAUACUCUCUCAAAGGACCAACGACGAAGUGGCCAAAGAGUUUUGUCGUCUCAAGACCGACAUACGCUCUUCAGAGGAGGUGGCCUCCUAGUAUGGAGAUGUGAGGGAGGAAGGGAUGGAAUGAAUGGAUGAUUGCAUGGAAGGGAAGAGAGG